AACAACAACUACAACAACAACGGAAAAUCAGACGAUAAUACUAUUCACAAUGGGCCUCGAACUCCCCGCUUACGUCCUCUCUGCUCUCACUGUCACCGGCGGUAUCGCCGGCUAUGCCCGCACCAAGUCGAAGCCUUCCAUUAUUGCCGGUUGCGCUGUCGGUCUUCUUUACGGCCUCGGCGGCUACCGCAUCCAAAACAACCAACCCUACGGCGUCGAGCUCGGCCUCCUCGCCUCCGUCGUCCUCGGUGGCGCUUCCCUCCCCCGCGCCAUCAAGCUCCGCAAGCCUGUGCCCAUGAUGCUCAGCGCCAUUGCUGCCUUUGGGCUGUAUACCUUUGGUGAUGCUUUCCGCAAGACUCUCUAAGGAGGAUAAUCAGGAGGCCGGGACUCUUGCUGGAA